CUAGAAGCUUAAUGAGGCAGUGCUUUGGAGUUGGGUCUGUGUGCAGCGGAAUGCGGCACUAACCAGGUGCACAGACAACAGGGCUACAGAGUCUCCUAAUUCACAAUGGAAGCAAUGAAUACAGACUUGGGAUAAAUGCAGAGUCGGAUUUCUCCAGGGAUCUCUGCAAUAGAAAAACUGUCAGUCAUGUCCUCCUCACCAUCCAAUGGGAUUGGAAUUGUGUCUCGUUCUAGAGCAUGAGCCCUGGAGGAGUUGUGAGUACACAUGGACAGUGCUGUAGUACAAGGAUCCCUGCAGUGUCUGACUCAGGCUUGGGAAGAAGGGAACAUGCACAGAGAUGCUACACGUCCCCGGCACUUGCUGAUCCAACCUGGGCUGCGGUGCUGAGACAGCAGAGCAGUGGGACGUUACAACUAGGAGCCAGGACUGCAGCUUCCCCUCUCCAAGCUCCAGAAGGACUUACCCCUUCCAUUCCAGAGAGACCAUGCUGUGAAGAAUGUCUCACUUGUCCAAGAUUAGACCUGCCCUAGCAGGUUCUCCUGGGCCUGGCCCUAAGAUUACUAAGAUGCCGCAAGGGAUAACUAUCCAGCUCACGAAAGUACACAGUGAAGACAAUUGGGAAGACAUGGAUGAGAGCGAGCUUAUCUUUACUUUGGAUCAAGAUGACAGUGAUGAUGUUGAGACGGCACCAAAACCAGACAGAACUGUAAACUCUAUGCGUUCACCUUUUACAAGUAAUCCAGGAGAUGUGGUCAAUGAACUUGCACUUGCUGCAUAUGAGUGUGCUGGGGAUGUGUUGUUGUGUAAAGAUAUUCAAAAGAAUAGUUCCCCGCUGUUGCCAAGUUCGCCCACUUCUAAACCAGCUGUCAACUUAGUCAAGUCUCUUUCCAGCGAGAUUGAUUCCAAGGACCCUUCACCCUACAAGCCACAUCCUCUUGUCAACUUAGUCAAGUCCAUCUCUACAGAAAUAUCCAGACUUGAGCCUGAGGUUACCCAGUCAAAGUCAGACUCCAAACUUAAUGUACAUCUCUGGAGACAAAUAACCCAGCCCAAGAGCAAAAAUGGGGAUUCCAGGACCGCCCCGUCCUCCCCUAGCAUGUCACCAUCGGAGAGCAAAGGACUCUUUUUCAAUGUGCAAGAAGUAGAGGCCAAGCUGGAAGACACCAAGAGGAGGCUUUCUGAAGCCAUGCAAGAACCAUUGAGCAUGCUCAGUAAGAUCAUUGGAGAUGAGGCAAGUCCUAACUCUAAAAGUAAAACUGCCUCCCCUGUUUUGUUCCCACAGGAAUCACCAACCACCCAGUCAAGGGAUCAAGGGCUACUUGACUUUAAAGAAACCAUGCCUGAAGAAGGCAAUUGCUUACAUGUUGCUGAUAGCAUGGAGAAUCCUGCCAAUAAAAACCCAUCAGAGGACGAUUGCAAGUAUAAAAUAUGCUCCUAUGGAGAUGUCAUCCAAGUUGUAGAAUUGGCUUCCGAUGAUGUAGCUGAAGUCCAAGAUCCAGAAUCUACACAGAACAGACACAACGUGCCUAAUCCUCACAGUGAUGUGCCAUACAGUGUCCUUAUUUGUGUGGCAAUCCUGGCUUAUAACUUUCUCAUCUGGCCUCUCCCAGCUUACAUUUCAGGGCUUUUUGUGGGGCUGGCUAGUGGGUUCUUGCUGGGCUUCUUCGUAAUUUUAUUGCUUGUGCCCAAACCAACAUAUACUUCGAGACACACAUCUUUACUAAAGGAGAACUUAAAAACUCUUAUUUCGGCACCUGGAACACAGGAACAUGAUGUGCUUAGGGGCUGGAUGAACGAGAUGUCUUCCUAUGAUCCAGAGACCUAUCACCCAGCAUUUACCAACUCUGUGUUUGUGACCUUGGAAGGGACAACCCUGAAACGCUCCUACCCAAAAUGCAACCUGCCCCGAAGGUCCAUCUUUGGCGAGGAGAUACCAGAAAUUGUGUUCAUCAACCAUCAAUUCAAUGACCUGACCAAUGCUCAGGUAUUUCUGUACCCACAUGGUCUGGCCAGGAAGCGACUGUGGAAUAAAAAGUAUCCAAUCUGCAUCCAGCUGUGUGACACAGAAGAGCUGAGCCCCACAAACAUACAGCCAGGUGAGACAGAAGCAACGACUAAUGGAGAAGCCCUGAAACUGAAAGCAGAGGACACAGCAAAGCAGCUGGAACAUCCAACACCAGGAACCUUGUAUUUAUUUGGGAGAACGGGAAGGGAGAAGGAAGAGUGGUACCAACAGCUGGCGAAAGCUUCCCUGGGGUUAGCAAACACAAAGGAAAGUGCAAGUAAAUGUGAUAAAAUAGGACUGGCCCCAAACACUACAUCAAGCCCAUGCAGCUUGGCUGGGACCAGUAACAACAGUGGAGGGAGCUCUGAAGACAUCCCCUGUCUGGCCAGGCCUAAAGAACUAACUGGGAACACCAAGCAGAAAAUCCUUCUGGAUUACACAGCCUACAUGUCACAGCUAAUGCCUCCUGAGCAGGCCAGUCCCCUACUGAGCCCUUGUCAGAGUGCAGCAAACAGCCCCACACUGAGGAAACCGCACCUGGUAGAACCUUCCCUCUCCAACAACCCCGACGUGUGCUGGAUAAACGCAUUCAUUGGAAGGAUCUUGUGGGACUUCCUGAGGGACAAAUACUGGGAGGAUUUGGUGGCCAACAAGAUUCAGAAGAAACUGACGAAAAUCAAGCUGCCCCACUUUAUGAAGGAGCUGACCCUUACAGACUUGGAUAUGGGCACCUCGCUGCCCCAGAUUAACUCCAUCUCAAACCCUACCAUGAAUGAGAGAGGACUUUGGAUGGACCUGGAUGUUUCCUACAGUGGAUUCCUGCAGGUGACAUUAGAGACAAAGAUGAAUUUAUCCAGGCUGGGUAAGGAAGAGGAGAGCGGGCAGAUGGACAUCAGGAGAGACAGGGUCCUUACACCAAGAGCAAGAAUAUUUGUUGACAGCGAUGAAGAAUCCUCAAGCGCUGGUUCUUCAGAAGAUGAGGAGAUUCCCAUCACAGAAAUGCCGGGAGCUGUGGGUGACAGGUUGAACCCAACAAACUCGGAAGGAUUUACUGGUGGCAACAGUACAGGACGCAGGAUACUCCGAUUUGUCGAUAAAAUUACCAAAUCCCGCUACUUCCAGAAAGCCACAGAGAAUGAGUACAUCAAGAGGAAGAUUGAAGAGGUGUCCAACACUCCACUCUUGCUGACGGUGGAACUACAGGAGUUGGAGGGGACUCUGGGGGUGAAUAUCCCCCCACCACCCACAGACAGGAUAUGGUACAGUUUUCGAAUGCCACCACGCCUUGAGAUGAGAGUGCGCCCCAAACUUGGGGAGAGAGAGGUGACUUUUAUCCAUGUGACAGAGUGGAUAGAGAAGAAGCUUCGAGAUGAGUUUCAGAAAAUAUUAGUAAUGCCAAACAUGGAUGACCUGUACUUCCCAGUCAUGCAGACUAGUGUUGAAAGUGCCAAGUCAACGCAGCCUGAGCCAAUAAACCCACCGGUCCUUUGAGCACUAUAUAACUGGGUGAAAUGAAGAACUUUGUCAUUGGACCUUGCUGAGCGCACCACCUUGCCAUGAUAUUUGUGGUUCCAAAAGCAACAUCUCCUGGAAUGAAAUGAGCUUGUCUUAUUAUGGAUCUAAACUCGGCCAAGGAGGACACAAACCUUGCAGAAGUUAAAAGACAGAACUGGUGCUCAAAUUGUCUCAAUGUAUUCCUUGAGUAGAUGGCUGGCCGAGGGAGCAGUCCCACCAGAACGUUUCUUCCUCUGAGUGACAAGUGCUUAGAUAGUUCUCAGUGAUUCCUUGAUCACUUGUCCAUUAUAAAACAUUUCUGUAUAAUAUAAUGUAAAUUAAUGUUGGACUCCCAAACAUAGUGGUCAAUUUGUUAA